CAUCACUAGCAGCGUUUUUGAUUGAUUUUCACCAAUUUUCUAUUAAUUUGGGUAACCAAAUUUUAUCAAAAUGAAAGUAUUUGUAGCAUUUUCUGCUUUGCUAGCAGUCGCUUCUGCCAGUACCUUAUAUUUGGCACCAGCUUUUUCAAGCCAAUAUCACUCUCAAGAUGGAAUUGGUCAAUACGCCUAUGGAUACAAUGAUCAUUUGUCAACUAAGCACGAAGUUAAAUCACUCGAUGGAACCACCAGAGGAGCUUACAGUUUCAUCGACUCAAAUAACGUUUUACAAACUGUCAACUAUGCUGCUGAUGCUGGCGGUUUCCGAGUACAAGCAACAAAUCUGCCAAAACCUGUGGAAGCUCCCGUAAUUCCUGCUCAGGAUUUACCUCAACAAGUUUCUGAUAGUUUAGAAGUUGCUGCUGCAAAAUCAGCUCAUUUUGCUGCUAUCGAAGAAGCCAAACUGAAAUCAAAUAUACAGAAAUCAACUGCAGUUACUGAUGGUCUACCACAACAAGUCCAGGAUACUCCCGAAGUUGUUAAAGCUAAGGCAGAACAUUUCGCCGCUAUUGAAGCAGCAAAAAAUCAAAUUGGUUACCAAGUUUUAGCAGUUCCAGCUUCAAUUGAACUACCACAACCAGUUCAAGACACUCCAGAAGUUGCCAAGGCUAAAGCAGAACAUUUGCUUGCCAUUGAAAAAGCAAAACUGAGGAACUCAAUCACAGCUGUCGGAAGUGGAAUAUCGGUAGUUCAAAGUGCUCCUCUGGUUGCAUUACCAAUCCAGUUGACAGCUUCAAGUUCGGUACCAUUACCUUCCCAUGGAUUUUCAUACUCUUCAAGUGUUUUAAAUGCUCCUAUUUCACAAUUACCCUAUCCACAUUACUAUCAAGUUAUUCAAAGCUUGUAAGGACCGUUUUUAAGGAAUUCAGGGCCUAAAUUCUGAAAAAAAAAUUGACAAAAUAAAUUUAUUGCAAUCAUUUUUUUGUUUUAUUUUCGUUGCUAAAAUUUGCUUACAUUCAAAGAAUU